GCUGCGCCGAGUUGGCGGUUACCGUACAGUUGCUGGGAGGAGGCUAGAGGUGGAGCCGCUGGGGCCAAGAUCAUGCCGGACAGCGAGAGGUAUUCUGGGCAGCAGAGGCCGCUAGGCUUGGGAUGAAAGAAGCAGGGCAGAUGCAAAAUCUGGAGAGCGCGGGGGCCGGGCGGUCAGUCAGCACCCAGACUGGCAGCAUGACUGGUCAAAUACCAAGGCUUUCUAAAGUCAACCUUUUCACUCUGCUCAGUCUCUGGAUGGAGCUCUUCCCAACAGUAAAUACAGCCCAAAGACAAAAAUCUCAGGAAAAGGAAGAGGGAAAGCAUGGACACUUAGGAGAUAAUGAGGAGGUGGCCAGAAUAUCUACUGAUAAAAAACAGGUGAAGAGAACUGGCCUUGUGGUGGUGAAAAACACGAAAAUUGUUGGUCUCCAUUGUUCUAGUGAAGACUUACAUGCUGGGAAAAUUGCUCUUAUAAAACAUGGGUCAAGGCUGAAAAACUGUGAUCUUUAUUUUUCCAGAAAACCAUGUUCUGCUUGUUUGAAAAUGAUUGUAAAUGCUGGAGUUAACCGAAUUUCAUACUGGCCUGCUGAUCCAGAAAUAAGUUUGCUUACUGAGGCUUCUAGUUCUGAAGAUGCGAAGUUAGAUGCCAAAGCAGUGGAAAGAUUGAAGUCAAACAGUCGGGCCCACGUGUGUGUCUUACUUCAGCCUUUGGUGUGUUAUAUGGUGCAGUUUGUAGAGGAGACCUCUUACAAAUGUGACUUUAUUCAAAAAAUUGCAAAAACACUGCCGGAUGCUAACGUUGACUUUUAUUCUGAAUGUAAACAAGAAAGAAUAAAAGAAUUUGAAAUGUUAUUUUUGGUUCCAAAUGAAGACAUGCAUAAGCAAAUACUGAUGACUAUAGGUUUGGAGAACCUCUGUGAAAAUCCAUACUUUAGCAAUCUAAGGCAAAACAUGAAAGACCUUAUCCUCCUUUUGGCCACAGUAGCUUCCAGUGUGCCCAACUUUAAGCACUACGGAUUUUAUUGUGGUAAUACUGAACAGAUUAAUGAAAUUCACAAUCAAAGUUUGCCACAAGAAAUUGCAAGGCACUGCAUGGUUCAGGCCAGGUUAUUGGCAUAUCGAACUGAGGAUCAUAAAACUGGAGUUGGAGCAGUCAUUUGGGCAGAAGGAAAAUCUAGGAGUUGGGAUGGAACCGGUGCCAUGUACUUCAUAGGAUGCGGUUAUAAUGCUUUUCCUGUUGGGUCCGAGUAUGCUGAUUUCCCACACAUGGAUGAUAAACAGAAAGACAGAGAAAUAAGGAAAUUCAGAUACAUUGUACAUGCGGAACAGAAUGCCUUGACAUUUAGGUGUCAAGAAAUAAAACCAGAAGAAAGAAGUAUGAUCUUUGUCACAAAGUGCCCAUGUGAUGAGUGUGUACCUUUAAUUAAAGGUGCAGGCAUAAAACAAAUCUAUGCAGGAGAUGUAGAUGUUGGAAAAAAGAAAGCAGACAUCUCUUACAUGAGAUUUGGGGAACUUGAGGGUGUUAGCAAAUUUACAUGGCAGCUGAAUCCAUCAAGAACUUGUGUGGGUGAACAAAAUGAGCCUGAAAGCAGAGAGAACGGUGUGUUGAGACCCAUCCCUCCCGGUGAAGAUCAGCACCAAAGCAAAAAGCUGUGUCUCGGGAACCGCUAAGAAGUCCUGUCUAGACUGGAGUGAAGCCUCAAGAACUUUUAUUGCACUUUUAAAACUCUAGCCUUGUUAACUCAGAAAAUAAGGAUGGAUUUUAUGAAUAACUGGAAAAAAAUUUAAGGAAGCUACUUUAUUAUCACCAUAUGAAUGAUGUUAACGACAAUAUUUUUAUUUUAGAUUUGUCUGUUUUCCAGAAUAUAGUGGUGUGGUCUUUUAUUACAUUAAAUGAGGUAGCAAUAAUUUAAUGAGAUCAAUUUAAUCACCUGUUGAGGUUAAUUUCUCCUUGUCUUAGCUUUACAUUAGCCAAUUUUUUUAGAGGGGCUGGUUCACUGGGGUCACAUCUCAGCAGAGAAUUCUACACCUUUUGAAAAAUAUUAAUUCCUUCAGAUUAUGAAGGUGAUAAUUAGUAAACUGCUCCAGGGAAGUAAAUGAUGACCUGGCCAUUUUUAAGUCAGUGUAUGGCUCACCAAAAGUUCACAUUUAUUAUACCUAAAGCUUUUUAGUAAUCAGAAUUUAAUUAGGAUUGAAUCCUAAUUAAAUCAUAAUUAGGAUCAUAAAAAUGAAGUUGAUAUACGUGAUCCCCAUUAUAAAAGUAUAUUCCUGACAACAUUCUUAAUUUUCUUUUAAAACUCUUCCAAUAUGUAGAAAUCACAAUGAUUUGUUGGACUAGGGUGUUAUAUCACUGAUUUGGGAUAGCAGUAGGAAGAAGAUACUGUUCUGAGGCAGCACUGAUUCUUGAAGUCAUUCACACUGCCAACUUUGGUUAUGAUGUUAACAGUGAAGAAAUAGUCUGGAAUAUUGAAACUAGCCUUUUUUGAAUUCCAUUCACCAAUGCUGCCCAUUUUUCGCUCCAUACAAUUAAUAGAGUGUCUCAUGGCUUUCAAUGGAAGGUUUUAAAAAAUUAUUUGCAAACCUUAAGAAUCCUGGGAAUCUUGAAAGUAAAAUUAUGGCCAGUCAGGUCAGUUGCAUUCCAAAUUGCUCUUUGUGAAACCUCUCAACUUUUAUUUGCUGAGAAACUUUCAGGAAAUUAGUCCAAAGAUGAAGGUACAUGUCUUGCACUUUCCUAGAGUUAGGGAGGGAGUGCAUAGCCCAUGGCCCACGGGCCUGGAUGUGACAUCAUGAGGUGCACCUGCCUUGGCUGUGCAGAGAUAAUCAGGUUUGCCCCUGCGAUCAUCCCCUUCCCUUCCACGACACCACUUGGCCUCAUGAGGCCUCCUAACGGAGUCUCUCAGAACUCUACACAGGAGAAUCCAAAUGUUGACCGAUGCCCCUAUUUGUACAGCAGCCCACUUAGGUGCACUGGGAGUUCAAAGUCAUCAUACCAGCCAGUUGAGAAAUGCCUUAAAUAUUGAGAGAGGGGAGGAGAGAUAUCCUUAGAGAUAACUAAGGCGAAUUUGAAAACCAGUAGUGAAGCUAUUUUAAAAUAUUUAUCAAUAUGAAAAUACUGAGAUUUGCUUACAUCCUCCCAGUUGCUUCAAUAUAUUAAUUAUACAUGUUUAAAUUCAUGUUAGAAUUGUUUUUUUACUAAUAUGUCAUCCACA